AGGGAAUGACUCCACUGCAUGCAGGGACAUUACACCAACCUUUUCUUUCAUGUAAUGGUGGAAUGUUAACAAGCCCUUGUAUCACAACACUGAGGUCCAUCAUCUGUGACAGUCUCCUGGUCUCCAUGAAAGCUGCUAGGAUCAUGGUUUCUUGUUUCUUUCUUUGCAGCUUACUUCUCCCUCCAGGUGAUCUAUGCCAGACGGGCGUACGGGAUCUCUCCUCCAAAAGUCUCAGGGCCACCUGAUUUUGAGAGGGUCUUUCGAGCACAGUAAGACUUUUUUUUUUUUUUUUUUUAAAUGACCUGCUCCAUGGGGCCAAGAGUAGCCUCCUAUGUCAUCUUUGCUGGCAGAGUUUGAUCAGUUUGCUCACAAGACUUCCUCCCAGAAUGCAGGUGGUUACAGUAUUGGGAGGCCAGAGAGAGGGAGCUGUAGGAGCUAUAUGGCUGACAGAAUGGCAAUGACUAGUCACGCUGCCCAUCCCCCUGCUCUAUCAGCCUGCUGUCUUGGUGGAAAGCUUGUUGUGUUUUAAACAGAGGGGACUGAUUAUUGGUAUAAAUCCCUCCUACUCUGGCUGGUUCAGUCUGGCACUGAUGCCAGAGUUCCAUUGCAGGGAGGACCCCACAAUGCCAGAGUCACAUGGAUGUAUUAGUGUCGAUGUUAGGACUGCUCAGAAGUUAGCCACUAUGGCUCAGUUUAAGACUUUCACUUAUACACCUUUCAGCUACAGAUGGCAGAAACCAGCCUUGGGCACAGCACAUGGAAUGGAGUAGGGAGGAUGAUGGGGAUUCAGAUCUAGAUCUCUGACCCCAGACUGGUUUUAUGCCAACCCUGACAAAGUUUAGAGUAGCCUAAUUGUAGCUCUAAACUCCAUCAGCUGGUAACAGUUCCCAAGAAGAGAUUGUCAGCUGGGAAUAGCCAGAGUACAGUGCCCCUUUGCCAGGUACUGUCAUGGGAAGAGACAAUGGCCUAGGAGGCUCUAUGCUCAUUGGUAUAAUCCCUAGUUAAGGAGACGUGGCCAGUUUCCAUCUCCUUUGCAUCACCAGAGCAGGGCUGCAUGAUCUGAUCCUAUACAUGGAAAAAACCUACUGGAUCAUUUAUUCCAUUUCCGUGACAGUGCAGGAGAUAGUCCUCAGAUCUGUAAUCUCAGACUAGAUCAUUAGUGAAGAUGGCUGCAAUGGCUAACAGAACACACAACCACAACUUGUAACCAAAGUUGCCAAGGAAAACAUAAGGGAAGGUGAGGAGGAGGAUGCAUAUAUCAGGAACCAGGCUCACCACUGCCCAUGGUGCUGGGUGAGAGAAAAGUACUCUGAAAACUAAUGGGAAGAAACCACAGUAAUUUAAUAUUAUGGCCCACAUUCUGCUCUGAGUUACUUCAUAGAACCCCAUUAGCUGGGGUUAGAUAGGAGAUUUAUUCUGGAGACCGGGACAGGAAAGGAAUGGGUGCAAGCCACUGAGCAUUGCUUUACAGAGAAGCAGUCUGUGGAAAAGCAGAAGCCCGGAGCCACUGGAAAGCCUCAGAGGCACAGAAUGCUGACCCUAUUCUUCCUCUUUUCCUCCAGGGUGAAUUGCUCUGAGUAUUUCCCCAUUUUCUUGGCUAUUCUCUGGCAGGCUGGCCUAUUCUUCCAUCAAGGUGAGACUGGGUGGUUAGUUGCUUAAACAGGGCGGGGGAAAUGCUGGAUCUGUUCAGCUCCAUGUGUUUAUGUGCUGGCCCAGUGGGCAGAGUCAACAGGACUUGCUUCCUCAGCUCUCUGGCAAGAUUGCACCCGCAAUAGAGAGGGAAUGGUCAGGAUCUUCCCUGGAGGCUUUCGCCUUAGAGAGACAGGCUGGUCAAAUAGUUGCAAAAAGCUUUUGGUGUCUGCUACUGUAAUUUGUCUCCUCCUCUCAAUUUCAGGUCUGACUGCUGCCUUGGGCCUGCUGUAUCUCUACUCUCGCUACCAGUAUUUUAUGGGGUAUAAGGAGUCCUCCUCGGGAAGGUUUCUAGACUGAUCCCCCUGCUUUCAUCCUGCCUCACCAUGAAUACCAUCGCUAACAUAAUGCAGGAGCUGCGUGACUACUGGGCAGACCAUUUCUCACGCAGAUUUCUACCUAAGAGGCCUCCCCUUCGCCGAAUUAACUCCAUUUCCACUUUCUACCUCCUGGACUACAGAACCCGGCAGGCUGAACUGGGUUUGGAUUACGGCCCUCCACGGGCUCAGCUGAGUGAUGCCAAGUUUGUCUUCCAGGAUGGCAAAUGGCAAGGUGAGAGUGGCCUCUCUCAUCGGCCACCACUGCUACAGUUAUUCUCCUCCCAUGACCGGGAGCAGUCCUGUAAGGUAAUGAAGAAGGAGAACAAGGCUCUCCUGGAGGAGAACAAUUACCUGAAGCUGCAGCUCGAGCUGCUGAUGGACAUGCUGACAGAAACCACGGCCCGACUGCACAAGGUGGAGAAAAAGAUGGACAUCCCCACAUGGCACACCAAGAUCAAGAAGCCAAAUAAGGUGUUAAUGCUUAAGUCCUAGCAGGAACCUUGGAUGCAAGACCAGGGAGUUUACACUGCUUGGUUCCAGAAGUCUAAAAAAUUCCUGAAUCAAAUUAACUUGUAGAGUGAUUUUUGCUUUAAUUGUAUGUAUUAAGUAAAUUAGAAUUUAUUUUAUGACUGCCAAUUAGACAGCAAGAAAUCAGUCAGUACAAUUCAUUACACUUCAAAACCAAACCUGACUGUUCAUGGAUUGUGUCAUAUAAACAACAGAAAAGCAGUUUUACCCAUUAUUCAAAUGCAGAAGUUGGGAUUUAAGAGUAUUCUUGAACUUAAAAUCACUUUUAACUAACAGUAGAAUAAAAUAAUAAAACUUAGCACUUUUACGGUGCUGUUCAUCUAUAGAGCUCAAAGAACGUUAAAGGAAAUAUCAUUACCUCAAUACUACAGUUGCAAAACUCAUGGCAGAUAGAGAGGAAGGAUGAUCCAGUGGUUAGGGUGCUUAAGACUCAAGAGACCUAUGUUCAAUUUUCUACUCUGCCAGGGGCUUCCUGUGCAUGAUGACGUUGGUCAAGUUGCCUAGUCUCUCAGUUCGCCAAAUGUAAAUGGGGGUGAUACCUCCCUUUCUCUCAGCGGGCUGUGAGGAUGAAUACAGUCUUUUUAAGAUGGUGAGGUACUAAGGUGAUGAGGAUUCCCUAGGAGUGGGAGCUCAGCCUUUAUGAUACUCUUCAGGCUGAAUCACCUGCGUAUGAUCUGGGUCAUGGUAUCAUCUCUUCUCCCUCAGGAUCUGCUGGGAGUUAUCAAGACCCAAGCAGAAUUAUUUCAGAAUUAAAAAAACCCUUGUAGUCUUCUGAGCUCAGAAAUAUUUUCACGAGACUGUAGCAGGUCCACUGUAAUAUAUAUAUAAAAAUGAGGCCGAAUUACCAUCUUCGGUGCAGUUUGUGCAGCCUGGCAGUAAGAGGGAGAGCUCCCCCCGCAGACCACCCUGUGGCUAUACUCCAGAUUCAGGAAUCCAUUUGCCUUUGUGUUGCUUUGUCUGU